AUGCCUAUCACAAGAGCUUUCUCCCCACCAGCCAACGCCCGGCUUCUGGAAUUACCCGAGAGCAGCCCCAAAUUCUUCAUUGCUUUCGUGUCCUCAGAUGACCCUAUCACGUCGCAGCCUUGGUGCCCCGAUGUCCGGGCGGCGUUGCCCCAUAUCAACACCGCCUUUGCGCCUGCCGAUGCACCUACUGUAGCUAUUGUCCCCGUUGGACAGAAACCAGAAUGGAGGGAUCCCAAGAAUGUCUAUCGCACAAAUUGGAAUGUUCACAAUGUUCCUGCGCUCGUACGAUUUGAGCGCGUUGAUGGAGAGGUCUUGGCUACAGGGAAAUUGAUUGAAGGCGAGAUCUUAGAUAAGGCUAAGCUCGGUGCGUUUCUCGCUUGA